UUGCAAUGGAUUUACUUUUACCACUAGUAAUCUUUGUUGCCAGUAUUUUAUGUUUUUUUAUCUUUAGUAGUAGGAUCAACAACGGGUUGGGAGCGAGAACACCAGAAGCUGCUGGAUCAUGGCCCAUAAUUGGCCACUUGCAUCUUUUAGCUGGUUCCAAAGUUACUCACAGACUGUUGGGUUCUAUGGCGGACAAGUUUGGACCAGUUUUCACUCUUAAACUUGGUGUCCAUCGAGUUCUAGUUGUUAGCAAUUCUGAGAUGGCUAAAGAGUGUUUAACUACCAAUGAUAGAGUCUUUGCUAGCCGGCCAAAAGCCUUGGCAAGCGAGCUAAUGGGCUACAACUAUGCUAAUUUCGGCUUUGCACCAUAUGGACCAUACUGGCGUCAUAUUCGAAAGAUAAUUGUGCAUGAGCUGGUGUCUCAACAUCGCCUUCAAAUGCUUGCACAUAUUCGCGUCUCUGAAGUGAAGUCAUCCAUAAUAGACAUCUACAGAAGUUGGGUUCGAAAUAAAGAGUUUUCUGAAACCGUAAUGGUUGACAUGAAAGAAUGGUUUGGAAACUUGAUUGUGAACAUGGUUGUAAGGAUGUUGUUUGGCGAUCAUUUUUCAUCUGGUCAACAAAAUAGAGAAGAGUUUCUAAAGGCCAUUAGGCGGUUUGUGGACCUGUUUGGAGCGUUUGUUCCAUCAGAUGCCAUUCCAUGGUUGAGGUGGUUAGAUUUAGGAGGGUAUGAGAAGAAGAUGAAGAAGACGGCGCUAGAGAUAGAUAUUGUAGUUAAUGGAUGGCUAGAAGACCAUAAAAAGAAGAUGAGUUCUACUUCUACAAUGCAGGAAGAAGAGAGCAGACACCAAGCAGUCUUCCUGGCUGCAUUGUUAUCCCAUGUUAAGGAAGAAGUAAAGGAGGAAGUGUAUGGCUUCAGCACUGAACAGAUUGUGAAAGCAACAUGCUUGGCGAUAUUUGUAGCAGCUACUGACACGACAACAGUGACUCUAACAUGGGCUUUAGCUUUACUAGUCAACAACCCGCUGGUGUUAAAAAAAGCCCAACAAGAGCUUGAAAACUAUGUUGGAAGAGAUAGAAAAGUUGAAGAGUCAGACAUGAACAAUUUGGUCUAUCUUCAAGCCAUUAUCAAAGAGACAAUGCGUCUUUAUCCAGCUGCGGCCCUUUCGGUUCCUCAUGAAUCUACAGAAGACUGCAAUGUAGGCGGUUACACUGUCCCUAAAGGCACUCGCCUUUUUGUAAAUAUUUGGAAGAUUCAUCACGAUCCACAAAUUUGGACUGAUCCAUUUGAGUUCCGACCUGAGAGGUUCUUGACAACCAAAAAAGAAAUCAAUGUGAAGGGACAGCAUUUCGAGUUGAUUCCAUUUGGAAGUGGUAGAAGAAUAUGCCCGGGGAUCUCCUUUGCUUUUGAAGCUAUGCAGUUGAUACUGGCCAGCCUAAUUCAUGGAUUUGAGUUCCAAAAUCCAUCAAAUGAGCAGAUUGAGAUGACAGAAAGUCCAGGACUAACUAGUCAAAAAGCUACUCCACUUGAGCUACUUGUCGCACCUCGACUAUUGCCACAUGUGUAUGGAGUCUUGGCUUAGGCUUCCUGUUACUUUAAACAGAAGUGCCGAUGUUAAAGAACUAUUCAAGCCAUAAGUAGCCACUAAAAGAUGUUGGAAGGAUGUACAUGUUUUCAGAAGUGCCGAUGUUAAAGAACUAUUCAAGCCAUAAGUAGCCACUCUUGUAGUUUCUGAAAUAAAUGCAGUUUGUUACAUUUCUGUUUUCAAAUUGUUGCUUUCCGUUGUCAUUAUCUUACCUGUUUAAGCUUUGUAUUGUGAUGAAUAAAGAUAACUUCUUCCAGCACA